AUGGAAUGCAGCAAGGAUAGUACUACUACUGGAGACACUAAAGAAGAAGCACAAAUAUUGGAGUCAAUUGCUGUAUCAGAACUUGAAGGCAAUCUCCUGAAGGACCCUAACCCUUUCUCUUACUUCAUGCUCGUUGCGUUUGAGGCCUCAGGCUUGAUUCGUUUCGCCUUAUUACUAUUGGUCUGGCCGCUCAUCUUCCUACUAGAUAUGCUGGGUAUGGGUGAUGCUGCUCUCAAACUAACCAUCUUUGUCGCCGUCGCCGGAAUUCGUGAAUCAGAGAUUGAAUCAGUGGCACGAGCAGUGUUGCCCAAGUUCUACAUGGAUGACUUAGAUAUGGAUGCUUGGAGGGUGUUUAGCUCUUACCAGAAGAAGAGGGUAGUGGUUACUAAAACCCCUAGACUGAUGGUGGAGAGAUUCCUGAAAGAGCAUCUACGUGCCGAUGAAGUUAUUGGAACCGAGCUUGUGGUGAAUCGUUUUGGGUUCGCUACGGGUUUUGUCAGCGCCGUCGAACAACUUUCCGUCGCCACAACAACUUCUCCUCCUCCAUCUUUCCUCUCUCUGCGUAAGGAGCAACUCCAACAACUGGUUCGGCCGGAGCCGGUCAUCUUUCACGAUGGUCGACUAGUGAAGCGUCCAACGCCGUCUACUGCACUCCUCAUCCUCCUAUGGUUCCCAAUGGGAAUCCUACUAGCGACGAUACGCAUUAUGGUGGGCCUGAUGCUACCAAUGUCCAUCACCCAUUACAUCACUCCAUUAUUUGGUGGCAAGAUCAUCGUCAAAGGCAAGCCACCACUAUCACCGUCAUCACCGGAGUCCGGUACGAACACCGGCGGCGGCGUUCUCUUCGUGUGCACACAUCGCACCCUAAUGGACCCCGUGGUCCUAUCCAUUGUACUCGGCCGUAAGAUCCCGGCUGUCACCUACUCCAUUUCACGAUUUUCAGAGAUCCUAUCGCCGAUACCCACCGUCCGGUUGACGAGGAUCAGGGAAGUGGACGCGGAGAAUAUAAAAAGAGAAUUAACAAAAGGUGACCUAGUGGUCUGCCCUGAGGGUACCACAUGUCGGGAGCCAUUUCUCUUGAGGUUUAGUGCACUGUUUGCAGAAUUAACGGAUCAGAUCGUGCCGGUCGCCAUGAAUUACAGGGUUGGGUUUUUCCAUGCUACCACUGCAAGGGGUUGGAAAGCUUUGGACCCUAUUUUCUACUUCAUGAACCCUCGUCCAGUUUAUGAGGUGACAUUCUUGAACCAGUUACCGGUCGAGGCUACCUGCUCAGCGGGAAAGAGCUCCCAUGAUGUAGCAAAUUACGUGCAGAGGAUCUUAGCAGCGACGCUAGGGUUUGAGUGCACUAACUUCACUAGGAAGGACAAGUAUCGAAUGCUGGCCGGUAACGAUGGUAUUGUAUCUUUUACACCUUCGGCAAAUCGUCGUAUAAAGAAGGUGCUUGGGACUUUUAAGCCCUUUACUUAUAAACUCCAUUGAAGCAAAGCUAAAA